AAGAUCUUCGGACAAGACAACUAGGGAAACCCUAAUCUGCUCCAUCCUUUGUUCUUUGCUUUGGGGAUCAUGUGAAGGAGGUAAAGAGUGCCGCUUUAGAUUCGAGUUGCAGAAAGAACAAUGUACGGAAGAUCAGGUCUUGACAGGUUCAAAAAGUCUCAAACUUCAGAACCCUUCUCGGUCUCCGCAAACCCCCCAGCGAAGCCAGUGGUCCAGCGUGUUCCCCCGGAGGCAGCGCCAUUGCCGUCGACGGCGCAAACUCAGAUCGGAGCGAGUCAGUCAACUUGGCAUCCCCCGGAUUGGGCGAUUGAGCCACGCGCCGGUGUCUACUCUCUAGAAGUUGUGAAAGACGGCCAGAUCCUCGAUCGGAUUCAUCUCAACAGACGGAGACAUAUCUUCGGAAGACAGCAUCAGACUUGCGACUUCGUGCUUGAUCAUCAGUCUGUUUCACGUCAGCACGCCGUCGUCGUUCCCCACAAGAACGGCAGUAUCUUUGUGAUUGACUUGGGAUCAGCUCAUGGAACCUUUGUUGCAAACGAGAGGUUAACGAAAGACACUCCUGUAGAGCUUGAAGUGGGCCAAUCUUUACGUUUUGCUGCUUCCACUAGAAUCUACAUUCUGAGAAAGAACAGCGAGGCUCUCUUUACACGCCCUCCUCCUCCAUCUGAGAUUAAGCUUCCGCCGCCUCCUGAUCCUUCUGACGAGGAAGCUGUUGUUGCAUACAAUACUUUGCUCAAUCGGUACGGUUUAAGCAAUGGGGAGUCUGGUUCUGUGUUGGGGAAAAGGAAAGAGAAGGGUGAUUCAGAAGGUGGGGUUGUGGGUAAGAGGAGGAAGAAGCUACGAGUUAGCUUCAGGGAUCAACUAGGAGGAGAGCUUGCUGAGGUUGUUGGGAUGUCUGAUGGAGCAGACGUGGAGACUGAGCCUGGUCCGAUUGGUGUCAAAGAAGGGAGCCUUGUUGGGAAAUAUGAAUCACUGGUGCAGGUGACAUUGAUACCCAAAGGCAAAGGGAAGGAAGAGAAAGCUUCUGCAGGAAACAGAGGUGUGACUGAUAGACUACAAGAAGCGAUGAAGAAGCUAAAAGGAGGUCCAAAAGGAGGGAUUUAUGAUGAUCUUUACAGUGGUGAUUCACUUACUAAGGCGGUUGGUACUUCAUGGGCUUCUUCUGUGGGUGAACCAGCAGCUAAAGAUAAAGAAGAAACUAAACGUGGAGGUGUUGUUGAUGACGAAGAUGAUGAUAACGAUGAUCUGUUUGGUGACUGACUGAUUUUGAGAACGAGUUUUAAGCUACCCUUCUUCUUCUCUAAUGUGUACACUCAUUCCAGGGAAAUUGGUAAUGUUGUUUUUCCUCUUUGUAUAUCCAAUGGCAGCAAGCAAGCAAGCAAUAGAGCACUAAGCCCAGGCCCACUGUCUUGUGUUAUAAGUUAAAGAACCCUGAAGUUUUGAUAUGAGCCUGGUUAUUCUAGUUGGGUCUUAGAUAGUCAUUACAAAUAGUGUUGGGGAGUACAAAGAGUAGGGCCAGUGGAAAUGGAGUGCAAUGGAUUUUGACCAUUAGUGACUUACAAUUCUCUCUUCAAGGCAGACAAAUCCCAUCAGAAGAGGACAUUUGCACUCAAAUACUUCUCUUCCCAGUCUUGUUUCACCUUUUUACCUUUUUGCAUUAUUAAAAUAGCACACUAAUGAUGUGGGUUGACUUCUCCCCUCCCCCACAACAACAGAGAUUCCACAGGGGAAAUGGACAACAAGUAAAACACUUGGUACAAUACAAAUAGUAAUCUGCCUCUUGAUGCAUUAAAGUUUGUGACUGAAGAGGGAAGGUAUCAUCUGGGGAUCCAUGCAUCUUUGCUUUGGGAUCUGCUUUAUGACAAAUAAUAUAAAGAAGAAAGAAGAUUACUGAUGCUGCAACCAAGUUCGCUUUGAUUAUAACUCUCUUUUGGAUUAAGCCUACCCAACUCCCUACUCUAAGUCAUAGGGUGGUGGUCCAUUGUAUUUAUAAAUAAGAGUCAUCUCACUUUCAUUUAAUUGUAGUAGGGAAAGGUGAAAGACCCACUUCUGUGUGUUCACUUUAAUUUCUGUUUGGUGAGAAUUUGUUUUCCUUGUGCAAAAGAUGUAAUGCAUGAAGGACACUUGUG